ACCACUCAUUAUAAAAAAAGGUCUCUUAACUCCCAACUUCCUUCGCUAUCUCAAGAACUGUCGGCAGAACGACUGUUUUCAGUUACUGUUUCUCUUUUUUUCGGUGCUUCUGUUGUUCCCAACCUCAACAAUGCACCUCCGCCCUCGGUACUUAUGGAAUGUUAUAAUGUUGGUGAAUUUUGUACUGGUGGGGAAGUUUGUUCUCGUUGAUUCAACUCAGCAGCUUCCAAACCGUACUACCGCAGCUUCGCAUUGGCUCCCCGCCACCGCCACUUGGUAUGGCAGCCCAGAAGGCGACGGCAGCGACGGUGGGGCAUGUGGGUACGGUAGUUUGGUGGACGUGAAGCCAUUCAAAGCAAGAGUAGGGGCAGUGAGUCCAAUCCUGUUCAAGGACGGGGAAGGGUGUGGUGCGUGCUACAAAGUUCGGUGCUUGGAUCGAGCCAUAUGCGCUAGACGGGCAGUUACCAUCAUAGUAACUGACGAGUGUCCAGGUGGGUACUGUGCAAAUGGCCGGACUCACUUUGAUCUGAGUGGUGCCGCCUUUGGACGUAUGGCGGUGGCUGGUGCGGGCAGCCGUCUCCGAGACCGAGGGGAAUUGACUGUAGCGUACAGAAGGACUCCAUGUAGGUACAGAGGAAAGAAUAUAGCGUUCCAUGUGAAUGAAGGUUCUACAGAUCAUUGGCUUUCGCUUUUGGUGGAGUUUGAGGAUGGAGAUGGAGAUCUUGGUUCUAUGCAAAUCAGACAAGCAAAUUCAAAAGAGUGGAUGGAGAUGGCACAUGUGUGGGGUGCAACAUGGUGCAUAAAUGGAGGGCCUUUAAAGGGUCCAUUUUCAGUGAAGGUAACAACAUUAUCCACAGCUAAAACUCUCUCAGCCAGAGAUGUUAUUCCAAGGAAUUGGUCUCCAAAGGCAACUUACACUUCUCGCUUGAACUUCUCCUAAAAAUCAUAUAUAAACCCUCUACUACUUGCUGUGAUCAUAUAUCUAUAUAUAUAGUAUGUCAAAAUUAUAUAUGUCCUUAGCUUUAGAUUUAUAUCAUAAUGUAGCCCUCUCCAAAGGGAGAGAGAGCUUUCUUUUUCAUUUUUGUACUUCAUGUAUCCACUUUGUUAGAUCCUAUAUGUUGCUACCUUGUUUUUCGAUUAUGAAUAAUGAAUCGAAUGUGUUUAGUUUAGUUUCUA